UCAUGGGGAAUGUGAGAUCUCUGGCCAACAAGACGGACGAGCUAGCAGCCCUGGUGAAAGACCAACGGGAAUACCGAGAGUCCAGUGUGCUGUGCUUUACGGAGACAUGGCUGAAGGGGAUUAUACCAGACUGCUUAGUGGAACCGGACGGAUCCACGGUGGUGCGAGCUGACAGAGACAAACAGAGCGGUAAACAGAAAGGCGGAGGGCUUGCUGUUUUUGUUAACUCCAGAUGGUGUAAUCCCAGACACAUCACUGUAAAGGAGCGCAUCUGUACCCCGGACAUGGAGCUGCUGGCUGUGAGUUUGAGGCCAUAUUAUCUGCCUCGAGAGUUCUCACACUGCAUCAUAGUUACUGUUUACAUUCAACCGAGUGCUGUGGCGGCGCAGGCGACUGACGUCAUCCACUCCACCGUCGCGGGAUUACAGACGAGGCACCCCAGCGCAUUCAUCAUUGUAAAUGGUGAUUUUAACCAUGUGAGGGUCUCCAGAGCCCUGUCGAACUUCACCCAGUAUGUGACCUGUAACACCAGACACAAUAAGACCCUGGACCUGCUGUAUGCCAACAUUAAGGAGGCAUACAGCGCCACUGUUCUCCCCCCCCUUGGCGGUUCAGACCACAACCUCAUCAGGCUUGUGCCAACAUACAAGCCUGUUGUCAGGAGGCAGCCCGCCACCACCAGGACUGUUCAACAGUGGUCAGUGGAAGUUGAGGAGGAGCUGAGGGAGUGUUACAGGUCAACAGACUGGGAGUAGUUUGACAGGGUCCACGGUGAGGACAUCGAUGGACUCUCCCACUGCAUCACUCACUACAUCAGGUUCUGUGAGGAGAGCAUCGUACCCACCAAAAAGGUUUGACCAACCAACCCCCAUGAGCUCAGCAGGACAGCCUGGGUCCUCACUCACCAACACCAGUGCCCCCCCUCCACACCUCUCC